GUCCCGCCAUUCUCGCUAGUUCGAUCGGUAGCGGGAGCGGAGAGCGGACCCCAGAGAGCCCUGAGCAGCCCCACCGCCGCCGCCGGCCUAGUUACCAUCACACCCCGGGAGGAGCCGCAGCUGCCGCAGCCGGCCCCAGUCACCAUCACCGCAACCAUGAGCAGCGAGGCCGAGACCCAGCAGCCGCCCGCCGCCCCCCCCGCCGCCCCCGCCCUCAGCGCUGCCGACACCAAGCCCGGCACCACGGGCAGCGGCGCAGGGAGCGGCGGCCCGGGCGGCCUCACAUCGGCGGCGCCUGCCGGCGGGGACAAGAAGGUCAUCGCAACGAAGGUUUUGGGAACAGUAAAAUGGUUCAAUGUAAGAAACGGAUAUGGUUUCAUCAACAGGAAUGACACCAAGGAAGAUGUAUUUGUACACCAGACUGCCAUAAAGAAGAAUAACCCCAGGAAGUACCUUCGCAGUGUAGGAGAUGGAGAGACUGUGGAGUUUGAUGUUGUUGAAGGAGAAAAGGGUGCGGAGGCAGCAAAUGUGACAGGCCCUGGUGGAGUUCCAGUGCAAGGCAGUAAAUAUGCAGCAGACCGUAACCAUUAUAGACGCUAUCCACGUCGCAGGGGUCCUCCACGCAAUUACCAGCAGAAUUACCAGAAUAGUGAGAGUGGGGAAAAGAACGAGGGAUCGGAAAGUGCUCCCGAAGGCCAGGCCCAACAGCGCCGGCCCUACCGCAGGCGACGGUUCCCACCUUACUACAUGCGGAGACCCUAUGGGCGUCGACCACAGUAUUCCAACCCUCCUGUGCAGGGAGAAGUGAUGGAAGGUGCUGACAACCAGGGUGCAGGAGAACAAGGUAGACCAGUGAGACAGAAUAUGUAUCGGGGUUAUAGACCACGAUUCCGCAGGGGUCCUCCUCGCCAAAGACAGCCUAGAGAGGAUGGCAAUGAGGAAGAUAAGGAAAAUCAAGGAGAUGAGACCCAAGGUCAGCAGCCACCUCAACGUCGGUACCGCCGCAACUUCAAUUACCGACGCAGACGCCCAGAAAACCCUAAACCACAAGAUGGCAAAGAGACAAAAGCAGCCGAUCCACCAGCUGAAAAUUCGUCCGCUCCCGAGGCUGAGCAGGGCGGGGCUGAGUAAAUGCCGGCUUACCAUCUCUACCAUCAUCCGGUUUAGUCAUCCAACACGAAGAAAUGAAGAUGAAAUUCCAGCAAUAAGAAAUGAACAAAAGAUUGGAGCUGAAGACCUUAAGUGCUUGCUUUUUGCCCACUGACCAGAUAAAUAGAACUAUCUGCAUUAUCUAUGCAGCAUGGGGUUUUUAUUAUUUUUACCUAAAGACGUCUCUUUUUGGUAAUGACAAACGUGUUUUUUAAAAAAAAAAAAAAAAACCUGGUUUUUCUCAAUACACCUUUAAAGGUUUUUAAAUUGUUUCAUAUCUGGUCAAGUUGAGAUUUUUAAGAACCUCAUUUUUAAUUUGUAAUAAAAAGUUUACAACUUGAUUUUUUCAAAAAAAUCAACAAACGGCAAGCACCCGUUAAUAAAGGUCUUAAAUAAUUGUC